AUGGCCACCACUUCAUACCGCCCUAUUGUGAUCUCCGGCCCAUCGGGAACUGGAAAGUCGACUCUGCUCAAGCGAUUGUUUGCGGAGUAUCCUGAUACGUUCGGAUUUUCUAUCUCCGAAACCACACGAUCCCCUCGAGCUGGCGAGCAACAUGGUCGCGAGUAUAACUUUGUAACAAAAGAUGCAUUCCUCGAUCUAGUGGCUAACAACGGAUUCAUUGAACAUGCUCAAUUCGGUGGCAACUUUUAUGGAACGUCAAUUCAGGCUGUCAAGAACAUCGCCGAGAAGAAGCGCAUCUGCAUACUGGACAUUGAGAUGGAGGGAGUCAAACAGGUGAAGCAGACAGAUCUCAAUGCGCGUUUCUUGUUCCUUGCGCCACCUUCUCUCGAGGUGUUGGAGCAGCGCCUCCGUGGCCGUGGCACUGAAACCGAAGAAUCUCUACAAAAAAGACUCAGCCAAGCUCAGAACGAGCUUGAGUACGCAAAGCUGCCUGCGGCUCAUGAUAAGAUCGUUGUUAAUGAUGAUCUGGAGAAGGCAUAUGUUGAGCUGCGGGAUUGGGUUGUUGAUGGUGGUAAGUUCGGUGCUGCGCAAUAG